GGGGCUAGCCUGGAGCAGACGGGGCUCCAGCAGUUGGUCGGUAUGUAGCAGCAGAGCUGAUCGUCUGCCCGGGAUUACAAAGAGGAAACACGCGCCUUGGAUAGAAAAUAUCACCAGCGGGAUUUAAAAUAAAACCACCCGAGGAUGAGACACAUACCGUCCGACUAAAGGAGACUGAAAACACGCCGAUAUUUCGCUGAUUUAACACCGUUUUUGAACGAAAAUGGCGAACGAGUCCCCGGCCAAAAGUCUGGUGGAUAUAGACCUGGCAUCCCUGAGGGAUCCUGCUGGGAUUUUCGAGUUGGUGGAAGUGGUCGGAAAUGGCACCUAUGGACAAGUCUACAAGGGCCGACAUGUCAAGACGGGACAACUGGCGGCCAUCAAGGUUAUGGACGUCACUGAGGAUGAAGAGGAGGAAAUUAAGCUGGAAAUUAACAUGCUGAAGAAGUACUCCCACCACAGAAACAUAGCCACCUAUUAUGGAGCCUUCAUCAAGAAAAGUCCUCCAGGCCAUGACGACCAGCUAUGGCUGGUGAUGGAGUUCUGCGGUGCCGGUUCCAUCACGGAUCUGGUGAAAAACACCAAAGGCAACACACUGAAGGAGGACUGGAUCGCCUACAUCUCCCGAGAGAUCCUCCGGGGAUUAGCUCACCUGCAUGCUCACCAUGUCAUCCACCGUGACAUCAAGGGACAAAACGUGCUGCUGACUGAAAACGCUGAAGUCAAACUGGUGGACUUUGGUGUGAGUGCUCAGCUGGACCGGACGGUAGGUCGAAGGAACACCUUCAUCGGGACGCCAUAUUGGAUGGCUCCGGAGGUCAUCGCUUGUGAUGAAAACCCAGAUGCUACCUACGACUACAGGAGUGACCUGUGGUCCUGUGGAAUCACGGCUAUAGAGAUGGCUGAGGGAGCUCCCCCUCUGUGUGACAUGCAUCCAAUGAGAGCCCUCUUCCUCAUUCCCAGAAACCCUCCUCCUCGACUCAAGUCGAAAAAAUGGUCGAAGAAGUUCUUCAGCUUCAUUGAGGGUUGCCUGGUGAAGAACUACACUCAGCGUCCUCCCACUGAGCAGCUGCUGAAACACCCCUUCAUUCGGGACCAGCCCAACGAGAGGCAGGUCCGCAUCCAGCUCAAAGACCACAUCGACCGGACCAAGAAGAAGAGGGGAGAGAAGGAUGAGACGGAGUAUGAAUACAGCGGCAGUGAAGAAGAGGAGGAAGAGGCAUCUGAGCAAGAAGGAGAGCCAAGCUCCAUAGUCAACGUGCCAGGCGAGUCGACUUUGCGCCGCGACUUCAUCCGGCUGCAGCAGGAGAACAAGGAGCGCUCGGAGGCGCUGCGCCGCCAGCAGCUCCUCCAGGAGCAGCAGCUCCGCGAGCAGGAGGAGUACAAGCGCCAGCUACUGGCCGAGAGGCAGAAACGUAUCGAGCAGCAGAAGGAGCAGAGGAGGCGGCUGGAGGAGCAACAACGGCGUGAGCGUGAGAUGAGGAGGCAGCAGGAGCGCGAGCAGCGCCGACGUGAACAAGAGGAGAAGAGGCGCGUCGAGGAGAUGGAGCGACGCCGCAAAGAGGAGGAAGAGCGCAGGAGGGCCGAAGAGGAGAAGAGGAGGGCCGACCGAGAACAGGAGUACAUCCGCCGUCAGUUGGAGGAGGAGCAGAGGCACCUGGAGAUCCUGCAGCAGCAGCUGCUCCAUGAACAGGCCAUGCUGCUGGAGUAUAAAUGGCGGGAGCUUGAGGAGCAGCGCCAAGCCCAGAAGCUCCAGAGACAGCUGCAGCAGGAGCAGGCCUACCUGCUGUCCCUCCAACAAAACCAGAACCUGGAUAGUAACAAAACAGCCCAGCAACAGAGCGCCAAACCCCCACAGAGCGUUGAACAGGACAGGAUAAAGCCCCCGCAGAGCCCUGAGCCGGAUACGACAGAACAACAGAGUACUGACUCUGAAAAGACAAGUCAAAAUCACAGUCUGGAGAAAACUACAGAACCCAAGCUACCUGUUGCUGACCUGCAAGGCCCCGCCCCUGACUCUGAGCCAAUCAGAGAGGCUGAUGAGCGAUACCGGAAGAACAUCCAGGGUUCUCCUCAGGCAGCUCAGACCAAACCGCAGCAGCCUCCGGUGCCACCGCGCUCCGAGUCUUCCUACCCCAAUGGGAACUCGGCAUCUGAGGCGCCCGCCAUGCACCCGCCCGCCAUGCACCCGCCUGCCAUGCAUCGGCCUGUAGAACCACAGGUCCGUUCCCAUCUGGCUGCUUUAAAGAGCAGUGGCAGCGUGGCAGCGUCAAACUCCUCCGCUACCACGCUGCCUGCUGUGUCGCGGUCGCACUCCUUCACCGAGCCGCUGGCCGCUAGCUUUGAAAAUCUUCACCUUCGCAACAGCCAGGAACACCCUUACUCUCCAUCUUCAUCACCAUCCUCCUCAUCAUCAACGCCUGCACGCACUGACCCACAACCCCACUCCCAGCAUAGGCCCUCACCCCGUGAACCAGCCCCUUCAGAGGAUGUCCCGCCCAGGGUUCCUGUAAGGACUACAUCAAGGUCCCCGGUGUUGUCAAGGCGAGACUCGCCUCAUCACCAUGGCAACGCCUCACACGGCAGCCAUGCUGUGCACCGCCCCUCUGCCAGUGCGGCGGAGCCUCGGCUGCUGUGGGAGCGAGUGGAGAAACUGGUUCCCAGACCAACCAGUAACAGUGACAGCGGAGGCUCCAGUUCCUCCAGCAGCUCCAGUAACUCAAGCUCUCAGCCCGGUUCUCACUGCGGCUCUGGAGAAAGAUUCAGGGCCCGCUCCUCCUCCAAAUCAGAGGGUUCGCCCCUCCAACGGCCAGAGAAUGCUGGGAAAAAACCAGAGGAGAGGAAGGACUUGGUCAGGCCAAACAGACCAGCGGACCUGACGGCUCUGGCCAAGGAGCUACGUGCAGUGGAUGACGUUCGCCCCCCAAAUAAGGUGACAGAUUAUUCAUCCUCCAGUGGUGAAGAUUCAGACACCACUGAUGAAGAUGACGAUGAAGAGGUAGACCAGGAGGCAGGCGAAGAGUCCACCUCUGGCCCGGAGGACUCCAAAGCUGUUUCUUCUAGGCUGAGUAAUGGUGAAACAGAGUCAGUGAAAACCAUGAUUGUUCAUGAUGAAGGCGAGAGCGAUGCAGGCUCAACGCCUUGCAAAGACAGCACGCUGAUCGUCAGACAGAGCCAGUCUAGUAACAACAUGCAGAAACACAAGUCUUCCUCCUCCUUCACUCCGUUCAUCGACCCACGCCUCCUUCAAGUCUCUCCAUCCACUGGCAGCGCCCUUAACAACAUAGGUUACGGGAACGACGCCCGGCUAGCAGAGGCGCUGAGGGCCGACCCAUCUCGGAAAGGCUCCGUGGUCAACGUUAACCCGGUCAACACUCGCCCGCAGAGCGACACGCCAGAGAUCCGCAAAUACAAGAAGAGGUUCAACUCUGAGAUCCUGUGUGCUGCACUAUGGGGAGUAAACCUGUUGGUGGGCACAGAGAGUGGUCUGAUGCUGUUGGAUCGCAGCGGUCAGGGGAAAGUCUACCCUCUGAUCAACCGACGGCGCUUCCAGCAGAUGGACGUCCUGGAGGGACUCAACGUCCUGGUCACUAUAUCAGGUAAGAAAAACAAGCUCCGUGUGUACUACCUGUCCUGGCUGAGGAACAAGAUCCUGCACAAUGACCCUGAGGUGGAGAAGAAACAGGGUUGGACCACCGUAGGAGACCUGGAGGGCUGUGUCCACUACAACGUUGUGAAAUAUGAGAGGAUCAAAUUCUUAGUUCUGGCUUUGAAGAACUCAGUGGAGGUCUACGCCUGGGCACCCAAGCCCUACCACAAGUUCAUGGCCUUCAAGUCUUUUGGUGACCUGGUGCACAAGCCCCUGCUGGUGGACCUGACUGUGGAGGAGGGUCAGAGGUUAAAGGUUAUCUACGGCUCAUCUUCAGGCUUCCACGCUGUGGAUGUCGACUCUGGGGCUGUCUAUGACAUCUACCUGCCUACACACAUCCAGACCAGUAUCCAGUCUCACGCCAUCAUCAUCUUGCCCAACACUGACGGCAUUGAGCUGCUGGUGUGCUACGAGGACGAGGGUGUUUACGUGAACACCUAUGGACGCAUCACCAAGGAUGUAGUGCUGCAGUGGGGGGAGAUGCCGACCUCAGUGGCCUACAUUCGUUCCAACCAGAUCAUGGGUUGGGGAGAGAAGGCCAUAGAGAUCCGCUCUGUGGAGACCGGCCAUCUGGACGGCGUCUUCAUGCACAAGAGAGCCCAGAGACUCAAGUUCCUCUGUGAAAGAAAUGACAAGGUGUUCUUCGCCUCCGUUCGGUCUGGAGGCUCCAGCCAGGUCUACUUUAUGACUCUGGGUCGAAGCAACCUGCUCAGCUGGUAGAGGUCCACACCCUGCCCUCUUCCUUCUCCUCAUUGUCCUCCACCCUCGCUAACACUGGAUCUCAGAACCCACCGUCGAUGUCUUGUCAGCCCUCGGACAACCAAAAGAGAACAAAAUCAACAACGAACCAGCCCUCUGAAGCAGUCAACAGCAAUGACUUCACCUUUCUUCUGGAGCUGCAGCCUUGCUGCAUCAGUGCUCCGGGGCCGCCUGUGACGCAGCGACAACCGGUCAAGUCACGCAGUCAUCACCCCCUGAAAUGCCUGAAGUGAUGACAUCAACAAUGAAUUAAUAUAUGAAAGAAAGUAAAAAAAAAAAUUAAAUGUGAAUUUAGGUAAAGGGGGCAAAUUACCUUUUGCCUCCCUCUCCGUUUUCUUGGUGCUUAUCAGAUUGCGAUAAGAUUUUUUUUUUUUUUUUUUUUUUUUUUUUACCUCUGCAGCAUUUCCAUGCUCCUGGGCCGGUCAGUACGCUUAAGGUCUUUUAACUACUAGUACUGCUACCACUAUUAUUACUACUGCUACUACCUUCUGCAGGUCUGCCUCUUGUAAGAGAGUUCACCCUCUGCCCCAUGUUCCUGCCCUCCGCCCUUUCUUAUGAGCGCUUCAUGGGGCCGGUGGAGUGGGAGUCUGUCGUAUUACAGUAGUGUGUGUAAAUGUACUUCUGUUUGGUCCAAUUACUGCUGACAUGCUGGAUAGAGGUCGAGACUGUCAGCCAGGGGGCAAUUGUAAAAUAAAAAAACACUCGGAGCCAGUUGGACUUGUCAUGGUGACAAGCGGGGGAAAGGGGCCUAAUAGUUUGAGGUUCUACUUUAAGUCUGAUCGAUGGGACUCGACAGGUGGGUGUGUGUGUCGUUGAAGUAUUGUGUUGUUUGGACAUGUGCUUUAAAAAAAAAAA